UUAUAUACACCUUUUUGAGCAUCAGCGGCCAUUCACUACUAACGACAAAGGUCAAGAAUUGCACUAUGGCAAAAUCACUGCAACACCUGUGUUUGGAGAAUCUACGCAGUCACGGGAUGGAAGUAGACAGCACAGAUUUCAGGCAGUUAUGUAGCGUAUCAACUGCGCUAAAAACAGUGUAUACACCAGCGGUGGAGGACCAUGCCCUGAAACUUGAGCUACAGCUUAUAGUGGACACGAAAGGGGCUGAGACGACAAGUAAUCUGUGCUAUUUCAGGGGAGCACUGGGUGAGGCGUUGCAAAGACUAGGCGCCAACUGCGACUACGAGCAUACAACGCACACACAGAGAGAAUUAGACUACGCCAAUAACUGUCAAUGUUGCUCCAUAGCACCCCAAACGGCUUACCAGUUUUACAACAAAAUGUACGAAACAGCGGGACACGAACACGGUGAAGGACCUAGCGGCUUUAUGAACAAACACGGCAAAUCUAGAUCGUCGCGGCCUGGUUAUGUGGUGCGAGUGGACAUCAGACUGACUUUGUACAAAUGCGAGGCCGCAAUGGACACGCUACUUUCGGCAGUCUGUGGCCUAUUGGGAGUUCCACAGAAUAGAUGUAAGAGCCGAUUCAGCCUGGUAUUAUUUCGACGGCCGAAAGAUGGGGCCCUGAUAACGUUCGCCACCGUCGACGAUCUGCCACUAUGGUUCGGAGCAGAGCCAGAAAGAGACUGGGAUCGCAUGCUCUACGAAAUUCACGCGUCCACAAAAUUCACAACGCCGUUUACCUCCACACAGAUUGAUCUGUGCCUAAUACUGACGGCUCUCAGUAUUGCCAACAGACCCCCCGGCAAUAUCACGGAGGACUUCUGGAUUCUAAGGGAGAAUAUGCACGAUUUCGAUACCAGCGAUCGCGAUAUGAUAAAUGACAUAAGGGAGCAUUGGGGCGAACUGCCCGUACAAGUCCAAUGCGACUAUUUGAGGGAGCAGAGCAAUCCCCUGUCGUUGAACCAAUACAAAGCAAUAUGCACGAACAGAGCGGACGAAUACUAUUUGAGAUGUCACUUUAGUAUCGACGACGAUCGAUAUUGGACGGGGGAGCUGCCCCUAUUUCAAAGUAGCUUCGAAGGACUAUUUCGACUCGAUCUACGCUAAAGCUGUCAACUAGAAUGUAACUGGGACAUUUGAACCGUAGCCGCGAUAAUGUGUAAAUAUAGAUAAACAAGACGACAUGUAUAAUUAUAAGUAAUCGUGUUUAUUAAAUAGCGAAAUAAACGACAUGUGUCGAUGACCCUCCUAACACCGUAUAACGCCUUCUCUCUUAAUAACCCCGAUACAUUUAUAAAUAUCGUUUCACACACCACCCGCCGAUCAGCCGACACGAACCACCGACCACGUAGCCAUUUAAAACACUCUCCCUUCUUAGCGGAACAAUUUUUAAAAUAAACCCAAGACCCGCCUAGAGUACAUCCCCCAUCGCGACCACUCAGCCUGAACUACCUCUUAACCCUAUCGCCUAUCGGGCGACAAGCUGAUUACACACUAGGUCCCCC